AUGACUGUCAUCGAUACCAGCAAAGAUCUAUCUGCGUUAUUUCUUCAGCAGGUCAAGGCUACCCCAGAUGCCGUUGCCCUGGAAGAUGGACCCACGACGUUAACUUACGCCGAGCUCGAUCGCAAGGUCGAUGCACUCUCUACCCGUCUUCGUCACGACGGAGUUGGUAGAGAUUCUCUUGUUGGCGUCUUGCUUGGACGGAGUGCAGAUUAUGUUAUUUCCUGUCUUGCUGCGCUCCGUGCGGGCGGAGCAUUCUUAGUCCUUGAACUUGCAUACCCUCCGAGUCUCCUGGCCGCUGUUAUCGAAGAUGCAAGACCUACCGUGAUAAUAACACACAUGGCGCAUUUUGGCAAGAUCAACUAUAAGACCCCCCUCAUAGUUCUUGAUGAUAAAAGUUCGUAUGAAGAUGGAGAUGCUCUAUCAAAUGGAACAUCGAAGACGCUACCCCCAUUGCCCGCGGAAGAUGACUUAGAGAAACUUGCCUUUGUGUCCUACUCAUCUGGAACUACUGGAAAACCUAAAGGGAUUGCGAAUCCACACAGGGCAGCUGUUUUAUCGUAUGACUUAAGAUUUGGAGUCAAUGAUCUCAAACCAGGCGACCGUGUAGCCUGCAAUGUAUUCUUCGUCUGGGAGAUACUGCGUCCGUUACUGCGAGGAGCCACUGUAGUGACUGUUCCUGAUGAGACCAGUUACGAUCCUGUUGCUUUGGUUGAAUUACUUCGCUCAAAGGCUAUCACGGAAACUCUCAUGACACCCACUCUGCUUGCAACAGUCCUCGCUCGGCAUUCACAGCUUGGAGCCCGUCUCCCAGAUCUGCGUACAGUAUGGCUCAACGGUGAAGUUGUGACUACUGACCUUGCGCGACGUGGUCUCAAAGCGCUCCCGAAAGCACGCCUAUUAAAUUGUUAUAGUGCUAGCGAAACCCACGAAAUUGCUUGUGGAGAUAUAAGGGAUAUGGUUAAUGACGAAGCUCGCGUCGUCCCAGUUGGUCCUCCCCUGGACCCGGAGCAUACAUACAUUCUUGACGAGGAUGGCAAAAAGGUUGAGACGGGUGUUAGCGGCGAGUUGUUCGUUGGAGGAAAACUCCUCGCACGAGGAUAUCUGAACCUACCGGAAGCGACCGCGAAAGCUUUCACCGACGACCCCUUUAACCAGACAUCUGGCGCACGAAUGUACAGAACUGGAGAUACGGCGCGGUUACUUCCCUCAGGGCUUCUUGAAAUUACUGGUCGUGUGGGAGCGAUGAUCAAGAUCAGGGGUUAUAGCGUACAACCUCCGGCUGUCGAGAAUGCGAUAAUAAAGCACCUCGCAGUCCGUAACUGUGUCGUGAUCGCUCAUGGGGACGGCCUCGAUCGCCAACUUCUCGCUUAUAUAGUCCCAGACGAGGAUGAGCCUGGCGAUCGAACAGUCGUGAAAAUUGACGAGGCCGGAUUCAGUCCGGUUGCGCGGCGUGCUCUAUCGGACCACCUCGCACAUUACAUGAUUCCGGCUCUUUGGGUUGAACUGGAUAGCUUACCUACUCACGAAGUGUCAGGGAAAGUCGAUCUCAAACGUCUCCCCCCGCCAACUAAGUCGCGAAGUCCUGCGUCGUCGCUGGCACCCCAGCAUCGAAACCAGAAAAUUACUGUCGAGGACAUUGCAAAGAUGUGGGCUGCAUCUCUUAAUAUCCCUUAUAAAUCCAUAAUGCAACAGGAGCAUGACUUUUUCGAUCUUGGUGGUCAUUCAUUAGCGCUCGUCGACCUCGUUACAAGAUUUACUGGCACCUAUGGCUUCCCCGUGGCUCUGAGCCGCCUUGCUGGUAACCCGACACUAAAGGGACACCUAGAAGUUGUCUGCGAUGCGCGUGAUGGGCAUACUGCAUCCGUGCAGGCUGAUUUACCUGCCGUUCUACGCGCAGACUCCGUUCUUCCACCUGAGAUCAAGCCUUCAGGAGCCAAGAUGCAGCGAAUUAGUGACGCAGAUACGAUCUUGCUCACCGGUACAACUGGAUUUCUGGGAGCAUUCCUGCUUAGCACCAUCUUAGAAACUACUUCGGCACAGGUCGUAUGUCUUGUUCGCUUUGCGGAUCUUUCAAGAGAUAACUACUCCGCCGGAGUAGCGCGAAUUCGUAAGAACCUCCUCGAUUUGGGUCUCUGGAAUGACUCAAUUCUGGACCGCAUAGAGGUUAUCCCGUCCAACUUGGCUCGGAAGCGCUUCGGCCUUUCACCUGAAGGCUUUGAAGAUUUGGCUUCUCGCGUGCAGGUUAUUAUCCACUCGGCUGCUACGGUCAACCUUGUAUAUCCUUAUGCUGCUAUGCAGGGAGCUAAUAUUUUUGGUACGAGAGAAAUUCUGCGACUUGCGUGCCGAGGAGGUGCGACUGUUCACCACAUCUCCACUAAUGGCGUGUUGCCGCCAUCCGUUGAAGGCUGGUCUGAAGACGCCAUGUUGGACGUAGACGAAGUACCCGAGAAAUUAAUUGACGGAUAUGGCCAGACGAAGUGGGUGGCAGAGCAGCUUGUCCUCGAGGCCGCGAAACGGGGCUUACCGGCGAGAAUAUAUCGCCCAGGAACUAUCAGUGGCCAUAGUGUCUCUGGAUCAUCGAAUACAUACGAUCUCCUUAACGCCCUGAUCGUAGAAUCGCUUCAGCUAGGACAUGCUCCGGACAUCGAAGGCUGGUAUGCUGAAAUGACUCCAGUCGAUUUCGUCAGUAAGGCUAUUACGUCCCUAGCCGAUCUUGUGGACACGGACCAGCGCAUAUUCCAUCUAGGUGACCCAUCUCCAGUUCCAACUAAGGAUAUCUUUGGAAUCCUUGGCGAACUUGGAUACCCCACAGAACCUCUUGGAUGGGACGAAUGGGUUGGCAUGUGGGAGGAGAAGAGGGGAUCUAGCAAGGGAGACAACAUUUUUACAGUUGACAUUCUUCGUCGUGGUAUGCCUACGGUUGAUUUCUUGAAAUGGGUCACCGUCCUCAAAGAUCCGGCAACGGAGCCUGCUCUCGCUAAGACUGGCCUCCAGCGUCCUAAGAUUGAUAACAAAUUGUUCGAGACCUAUACUCGGCACUUUUGCGCUCGGGGUUGGCUGCCACGUGCUCCACGACGGACCCAAACCAACGGAGUUGCCAAACACUCGAAACGAGGCCCGCUAGCUGGGCGUGUCGCAGUCGUCACGGGUGCAUCGUCAGGCAUUGGUGCCGCCGUUGCUACCGCUUUAGCUAGAGAAGGCGCUCAUGUGGCUAUCGCCGCCCGACGUACCGAGGCUCUCGAGGAUCUUAAGAAUAAGCUUUCUAGCUCUGGAAGCAGAGUGCUGGUACAGAAGACAGACGUCACAGACCGAAAACAAGUCGAGUCGCUCAUGCAGACCGCAACAGAAAAGCUUGGCCCUGUCGAUAUUCUCGUCUCCUGCGCUGGUGUCAUGUACUACACGAUGAUGGCAAACGUGCACAUGGAGGAAUGGGAACGCACCGUCGACGUCAACUGCAAGGGCCUUUUGCACUGCCUCUCGUCCACAGUUCCGUCAAUGUUGUCCCGUGGUGGAGGUCACAUCGUCGCCAUCUCGUCGGAUGCCGGGCGCAAGGUGUUCCCAGGACUAGGCGUGUACUCGGCGAGCAAGUUCUUCGUAGAGGCCACACUACAGAGCCUACGACUCGAAACUGCUGGGUCCGGCUUGCGUGUGACCUCUGUACAGCCCGGUAACACGGCCACCGACCUUCUUAGUAUGUCUACUGAUGCCGAGGCUAUUAAGAAGUACGGCGAACCGACCGGCGCCAAGGUCCUACACCCCGAGGAGGUUGCUAGCGCCAUUAUUUAUGCCCUGCGUCAGCCCGCACACGUUGCUGUUAACGAGGUCUUGAUCGAGCCCAGGGAUGAGCCUAUCUAA